AUGCGUGGCAGGACGCCACAAGAUGGCGACGCUCCGGCACCGCGUGGGCUGCAAAGCACAAUGUCCAGUCGGCUGCGAGCUUCCGCCUCAUCUGCUCUUCCCAGGGUCCAGAGCCGCUCACGGCUCGCUUCGUUUAGAGCCACCCAACCGUCGUACAAUCUCAUCACAGGCGGAGACGCCAAUUCUCGCCCUUCCUCCCGCCAGAGUCAGGCUGAGGAAUCUGUCCGUCCAGGAUCGCGGGAAAGCUCAAAGGAAAACAUGGCACCCCCGGAUGCGGACGAAUAUGAAAAGUACAGAAAAGAAAUCGAGGCUCUCAAAGCCGAGAUAGGAACCUUGCAGUAUCGAAUGCAAACCGCUGAGCAGGAAAAGGAAAUCGCCUUGUCGCAACAGGCGCACAAAAUGGAGCAGGCUCUAAGACGCGAGCAAGAUGAACUACUCCAGAGGCAAGCGGCCGAGGCAGAACAAGCCAAAGCUGCCGGCCAAUUCGAGUCUGUGCGGGCAGAAUUGGAGGAGUUGAAGGACCGGUCGGAAACGGAAGCCAAGGCACUGGAGCGUAAAGCGCGCGAGGCGCAGGACGAGGCACGGCUCCUGCAAGAACAACUAGAAGACCUCUCCACUGCCAAGGACGACGCGGCCAGAAUUGCGGAUAAAAAGCUGAACGACAUGCGGCUGCAGAUCACGGCCCUAAAUAACUCGAUGCAGGAGUUGGAGCAGGAAAAUCAAGAGCGCGAGGAUAAUAUCCAGCAAGCUCACUCCACUCUGGCAGACAAGGAAAUCUACAUUGCAAGACUCGAAGCCGAUGUGCUGCGUCUAAAGGCGCAAAGCGGCGACGCCGAGACGAUGGAAAUCAUCCGAAGAGAAUUGACUGAGCAGGUGCAACAUAUCUGGGCUUUGGAAGCGACGAAUCGUGACCAGCUCAGCGAACUGAAGCACCUUCGGGCCGUGAGCAAGGCCGUGGAGAUUGUGGAAGAGGAAAAACAAUCGUUGCAGCGCAAGUUGAUGGCGGCAGAAACUCUCGAGACAGAACUGGCGGAAGCUUGUAUACAACGUCAACGAUUGGAGGAUGAGCGCCUUGCCUGGACGGCCUAUCUGAAGUACUCGACAUUCGACUCGCCGGAAGCCGUGGCCAGAGCAUUGGUCGAAGAGCGCCUGGCGUCGGCUUCCCAUGUAGAGCAGCUGGGCGCCUUGCGGGCCGAGAUGGCUGCCCUACAGAACAAGAUGCAGUCACUGGAAGAUGAAAGGGCGCAGCUUAAAGAGCAAGUGGAAGCAGCAAAGACCUCGGCAUCAAGCCUCUCGAUGGACAAGAUGCACAUGUGCAUUGACGGACAACGUGUGCUUGCCCUCAAGGAAGUUGAGUAUCUAAGAGCACAAGUAAAGGCCUUUGAGGCUGAGGAUCAGGCUAUGCGGCCAGAACAGCGCGAUCGGGCGCGAAACGAAGUCAUACAGGAAUUAGAGGAAUUGCUUGAUUGCUACAAGUCCGUGAUGCAGAACAUACAACGCAAUUUAUCCUCGGCAGAGGCGAAAAACGGAGCGGAACCGACAACACCGCAACAGCCGGGGAACAAGCGCUCGCGUAGUGAGCGUGACGAUGAUGCUCAGGAGCAGAUGGGCCAGUUGAUGCGCAAGAACAGAAAGCUUCAAGACGAGGUCAGCAGCCUGCAGACAAAGGCCGCAAUGCUGGAAAGAGACUUGUCCGCAAACAGAGAACAGUUGUCGGCAGCCAAGGAGCACAGCUCGACCAGAGUGUUGUCCCUGAGAUCAAAUCCCACCUCAGACUACGAAGCCAUCAAGCAGAGUACCCUGGAAGCCCUGAAGAAGGAGAAUUCGGACCUCUUGGCUCAGCUGCGAUCAAAGCACGCAAACUCGGCCGUGCCCGUCAUCCCGACAUCCGUCCUGGGGGCCAUGGAGAGAGAGAUUGCCGCUGCCAAGGCGGAAACGGCAUCGGCCCAGAAAUCGGCGAGACGCCUGAAGGAGGUGUGGGGAUCCAAGUCGCAGGAAUUCAAGGAAGCCAUAUUCUCGACUCUGGGGUGGACGGUUACCUUUAUCCCCAACGGCAAGAUGAGAGUGGAGAGCACCUUUUUCCCAUCCCAGACCGACGAGCACGAGAAUUCCAUCGUUUUCGACGGUGAGCGAGGGACGAUGAAGGUUGGCGGAGGGCCCAAAAGCCCAUUCGCCAGACGCAUCGGCGACCAGAUUGGGUUCUGGGUACGAGAAAAGGGCUGCAUUCCCGGAUUUCUGGCUGCGCUGACUCUCGAGUUUUACGAAGAACAUUCAAAGACGCAGAAUUGA